AUGGGAGCUUGGUGGCAUGCCCAGUCCUUGCUGAAGUAUGGUGUGGAAGAACUAAUGUUAACUGCUGACCCAGCAGAACAUUUAGAGAAGGGAAGUCUGCCUGGAGUUUUACCCACUGCGACCUUUAACACAAUUAGUAGAGGAGAGUUAGCAUUUAAGAAUAUUGCUGCUUUGAGCCCUGAAUGGCCAUUGGUUACCAUGGAGUUCUGGCCGGGAUGGUAUGAUGUAUGGGGAAGCAAACAUAACACUAUGAAAGAUGAAGAAAUGGAGGCAGUGUUGUCAUUUAUCUUGAAGUCUGGAUCAUCUGUGAAUUUCUACAUGUUUCAUGGGGGAACCAACUUUGGCUUUAUGAAUGGUGCUUACUACCCCAGCUAUGUUGCAACAGUCACAAGUUAUGAUUAUGAUGCACCAGUUAAUGAACAGGGUGAAGCCAACACUAAGUUCACUAAGAUUAUAGAAACACUUUUCAAAAACGUCCCAGAAUCAGUGUCUUCCACCUUACCACCCAUACCACCUGCCCACCCUGUGGAGGCAUAUGGUACUCUUGAAAUUGAAAAAUAUUUACUUUUGGAUGACAUGGUAAAACGAAUGAAGGCUAUAUAUGGCAUAGAAGCAGUCCCCAUGGAGUUUCUCGGUCAGGUUAACAAUGGCGGAGGACAAGGCUAUGGGUUUAUUUUGUACAGGAAAGAAAUUACCAAAGGUGGAAAACUAAAAUUUUCUGACACUGUCAGAGAUAGGGCUGUGGUCCUUCUGAAUGGGACAGAGAUUGCCACUUUUAACUUGAACAAGAAAGACAUGGUGGUGGCGAUAAAGGGGCCAAAUAAGCCACAGAACAAGUCAGCUGUGGUCAUGUGA